AUGUCCGCUAUUCAGACUAUCACCGUGCCCACCCAGCCGGAUAUCCAAUACCACCCCGAGUAUGACAAGUACAAGGAACGUACUCGACGUCGCAAGGAGACCGAGACGCUGCAGACCACGCUGCCUGCGGGUUUCCCGGAGAAGUUGGUAUCCUCGCUGGUCUGGGAAGGAAAAGACGUCGAGAAGCGGGACGAUUGGAUCUAUCAGUUGAGCGAUGAACAGCUUGACGAGAUUGACAGGGCAUUGAAAGGCUUCAAAUCACUCAAUCUUUCCUUGGGACAUAUCAACCAAUCGACUUUCCCUCUGCCUACCCUCCGGCCGAUUCUCCGCGAUCUUUCGGAGGAAAUACACACUGGUCGAGGAUUCGUCGUUGUACGCGGCUUGCGCAUCGAUAACUACUCUCGAGAAGAUAACAUUAUCAUCUACGCCGGGGUAUCCUCCCACAUCGGCAAUAUCCGAGGACGUCAGCAAGAUACUCGACUAGCAAAUGGCACUUCACCUGUGAUAUCCCAUAUCAAAGACCUCACCAGCACAAUCGGAAAAGAAAAACUCGGUGCACCUUCCAACACGGCGGAUAAGCAAGUCUUCCACACAGAUGCAGGCGAUAUAAUCUCUCUUCUCUGCCUCAACCGGGCCGCAGAGGGGGGAGAAAGCUACCUCUCCAGCAGCUGGAAUGUCUACAACAUCCUAGCCAAGGAAAGACCCGAUCUCAUCCACACGUUGUCCCAGGAUUGGCCCGUCGAUGGGUUCAGUAAUCCGGUCAGACCCUACAGUCUCCGCCCACUUCUGUACCAUCAACCAGCCACCACGACUACCCCUGAGCGGGUCCUCAUCCAAUACGCAAGACGCUAUUUCACCGGAUUCUUGGCUCAGCCGCGAUCGAAGGGUAUCCCCCCGAUCAGUGAAGCGCAGGCCGAAGCACUCGACGCUUUACACUUCCUAGCGGAAGAGCACAGAGCCACUCUGGAUUUCCAGAAAGGCGACGUGCAAUAUGUGAAUAAUCUUAGCAUCUUUCAUGCACGGAACGGGUUUACAGACGGUCCUGGUCAAGAGUAUGUGCUGGUUCUUCCCCUUGAGGUUCUGUAUUGGGAAGGUGCUGACAAUCUGUGUGUCAGGCGUCAUUUACUGAGACUCUGGCUGCGAGACCCCGAGCAUGCAUGGCAGACCCCGCAGCAGCUUCAGCAGCGCUGGGAUAUAGUUUACAAAGAUGUUCUAGAGGAUGAACAGAGGUUCCCAUUGGAGCCCGCUAUUCGUAGGAAUGUGGGAUUGUGA